AUGCCUGCGGAGUUCCGCUUGAAGUACAAGUCAGUACGAAUAGUUGUUAACGAGACUUGGAGUUUGCUAUUCCUCAAACAGCUUGUUUGCUUAGAACUGGAUUGUGAACCCCACUCUCACUUUCUUGCUUAUCAAGGCGCUCAGUUAGCGGACUGGGAUAAAGUCUCUCGUUACGAUUUUCUUCUUGCGGAUAAUGUCGCGAUCGAUGUCCUGCCCCACACUAAUAUAUAUCAUUACUAUGUUUUAUGCUACACCUGCAACGACGUCACCCCAGCUGUCUUUUCCACUAUUUGUGACAAAUGCUUGUCUUCUGAAUUCACGGUGUCAUCCGCUUUACUGCAUCCCGAAAUCCGGACCGUAAGCGGAAAUUGUAAUAAGUGCUGCAACAGCUCUGCCAAAGUUGUUUUUGCUUGCUCUAAAGAUUGUUCCCAUAGUCCUGUAGUUUUCCUGAAAAAUGUCGUACGAAAUCUUGACCGAUCAACUUGCAUCGCUUGUUGCGGCAGUGACGCUGAAAUCGUGGUAACAUUCUGCAAAGACGUUGGUCACAUUCUUUGCCUUGAUUGUUUUCGCACUUACGCUGAGAGCUACCUAUCUGAUAUGCGUUUCGAAAUGGUCCCUGACAUUGGGUAUACACUCCGUUGUCCCGUUGGGUGCCCUGAGUCCUAUAUUCCCGAUACUCACAUUUUUCGGGUUCUUGGGGAAUCAUUUUACUCCUUCUACAAAAUGGUUGCGGCCAGAUCACUCUGCUACAACGAAGGAUAUUUCUCUUGUCCUGAAUGCGGUAAUUUUUGGGAGAGACCGGGCGAGCCCAAAAAUUCCACUUGGUUUAUUUGCGAGGAACCUUAUGGUUGUGGAGCGGAAUUCUGUGUACAGUGUGGAACCGUAGUCUCCUGCGAUGGCUCUUUAUCACGAUGUAUGUGUGGUGGAAGCAUAUCUGUGGGAAAAGGGCCAUUGGGCACAGCGUCCUCCUUAGAUGGGCAUCCGGAAACAUGGACAGGAGUCAAAUUGACUCCGUCUGAACUAGCUAGUUGUUCCCUUAUCGCCGUCACUUGCAAACCCUGUCCUCGAUGCAGAAGUCAGACAGCCAAAGACGGUGGCUGCAAUCACGUGACCUGCUCCCAGUGUGGCCUUGAAUGGUGCUGGAUAUGUUUGAGUUCGUGGACCGGUUCCUGCCAAUCCAGUCACUGGUUUUAA